GAUGGGGAGCCGACCAAGUUGCAACAAGAACUUCGCCAUUUGAUCAAGCCUCUCAAGCACUAAGGCCAUCACGACACCACAACCAAGGGAUUGGUUUGCUACGACCCGCAUUUAAUGCAGGACUACCUUCCAUGCUUGGCGUAGUACGAGGUUGGAAAGUGGAGCUCUUACCAUGUCUGAACAAGCUGCCGCUGCGGUUGCUUGCGAAAUCGCAACCCUGCGAUGUCGACAUCAACAAAAAGAUGGACUCUUUUGUUAGUUGCAAGCACUAGAUUUUGCAUCCUUCAUCUUGGCGAUGCAAGAAUGUAACAAUCGAGUGCAACCGUGCGGCGAGCAAGAGAUGGUCUUAUAGAAGGCUGUGCCUGCCACAUUUUUGCGUUUGCCUCUCACAUCUAGCAGUUGAUUAUUGACGUUUGCUAAGGUCGCAAUGGCGACCCAAGAUUCUGGCAAGGCGCCUUCAGUCGAGGACUUCUCCCUUCCUGUAUCGAAUGCGCCGUCCAUCGACAACUCAAAGCGAAGAUGGUACCGAUCGACGCUUUUCAACGCAUUCGUUAUUGGUGGCGUAGGCUUCCUGGCCCCCGGUCUGUGGAAUGCCAUGAACGAUCUUGGAGCCGGAGGUGCACUUGAUCCUUACUUGGUCAACGCUGCGAAUGCUCUUGUGUUCGGCAUCAUGGGUUUCUUCUGCUUGUUUGGUGGUCCCAUCGCCAACCGCAUCGGCUUUUCUAAUACACUGUUCCUCGGUGCGGUUGGCUACCCCAUCUACUCUGCGGGUCUGUAUACCAAUAACCGAUACGGGAAUGUAUGGCUUGUCCUUGUUGGCGCGGUCUGCUGUGGUGUCAGCGCUGGUCUCUUCUGGGUUUCUGAAGGUGCAGUAGCCCUCGGCUACCCCGAGCCAGGCAAGAGAGGGAAAUACAUGAACAUCUGGCUCUGGUUCCGGACGGGUGGUCCCCUGGUCGGUGGCGCUAUUGUGCUCGCUCUCAACAACAACGCGGCUGCAAAGAAGAAGGGCAAGGUUGGCUACCAAAUAUACCUGAUAUUCAUCGCCCUCCAGUGCGUCGCUUGCCCUCUCGCCCUAGCACUUUCCCCGCCUGAGAAAGUCCAGCGCUCCGACGGCUCCAAGGUGGUUAUCUCGAAAGAAAAAUCAUUCAAAGCCGAGUUUCAGGCGCUUUGGCGCGUCUCCAAGCGCAAAGACGUCCUGCUCCUGCUUCCAAUAUUCUACGCGGCCUAUUUCAAUCAGUACAGCUCGAAUUUCAAGGCUUACUACUUCGGCGUGCGCGCUCGCGCUUUGAUGGGCUUCGUGUCCAACUUCGGCACUCUCCUUUCGUCGCAGCUCAUCUCCCAAUUCCUCGACUACAAAGGCCUCACUGUUAAGAAGCGAAUCACGUAUGGCUUCUUCUACGUUAUCCUUCUACACAUCGUCGCGUGGGUGUACGGUUGGGUCAUCCAGGAGAAGUACACCAGAAGCAGCCCAGUCUUUGAUUGGGAAGAUGGCGGCUUUGUCGAAGCAUUCUUUGUGAUUAUCCUUUGGGACUUUGCCAGACAGGCACUGCAGAACUGGCUGUACUAUCUGCUUGCUACCAAGACGGAUAACAUCUCUGAAUUGAGUCGAUUUGCAGGUGUACUGAGAGGCCAGGAGAGUUUUGGUCAGGCUGUUUCUUUUGGACUGAACACAAAGAAGUGGAAAGGAGGAAGAGUACCACUAGGUGUGACUACGGCCAUGUUGGUCUUGUCUGUGUACCCAACGUGGCUUGUGGUGAGGGACCAUGUGCCUGUGGAAGCCGCAGAUGCCACGUCAAAGGAUCUAGCUCCGGUUGAUGAUCUUGCGCUCCAGCAAGCGAUCACAUUGGAGGAGAAGAAGAAGUUUGCUGAGGGCGAGUCGGCUCUUGGAAGGAAUGUGUAACGUCAUCACUUAUAU